AUGUCGACAGCUCAAGGUCUUGUCCUCGUUCUUGCUGAGAACGGCCCGGCCAUCGCAGAUGAUCGUUUCAAUGAUUGGUACAACAAUGAGCAUGCACCUGCUCGUUUGACUGUACCUGGGUACGUCACCGCAACUCGCUACCAGGCGACGGAUUCCCAAAAGCCCACCUACCUCACCGCAUAUGAUAUCUCCAGUCCUGACGUCGCAGACUGCCCCGAGUUCCAGGCACUCAAGCACAAGGCUUCAGACAACGAGAAGGAUAUCAUGCCGAAGAUUCAGUUCCUCAGCCGUCGGAUCUAUCAAACCAUUGGUGUUUUCACCCAUCCGGCUUCUGUACCUUCAUCUUUGCCGGGGAAGUACGUCUUGACAGCUGAGCUUGAAGUGAAGCCAGAAUUCGAAGAGGAUUUCAACAAAUGGUUCAUCGAGGAGCACAUGGGGCUGUUGGAAAAGAUUCCUGGUUGGUUAAGAGGUAGACGUUAUUCACUGGUGACGUCAACGAGCCGCGGGGAAGCCGUCGGAAAGCCCGUUUUCAAGUAUCUUGCCGUGCAUGAUUUUGACAAUGGAGAUUUCAUGAAGACUCCGGAAUGGGCAGCAGCCAUUGACACCCCUUGGCAAACGAAGGUCAUGGAGGGUGUUCUUGGCAUGGAAGUUCGUCAGUUCGAAACUGAACAAGAUCAUGGAAAAACCUUUGUAGCGAGUCUGGUCUUCCUCUUCUCCUUGUCAAUGGAACACGCUAACAUCUUCUAUUAA